UGACGAGAGGGAAUUUGUCUGACUACCUGACAAGAAAAAGAAGCUUUUCCAGAGAGGAAGAAAGAAAGACUGAAAUAUUUGAAGCAGAUGAGAGCCCACUUUCAUUCAUUCAUUGCCGCUAUCUAUUCAUGAUUCCAUUUCUUCUUCCCCUCACCUCCAUCACUUCACUUCACCAUUCCCAUCUCUCUGUGGUUUGAAGAAGAUGGAUCCAUGCCCAUUUGUACGUUUGAUCAUCGAGUCAAUGGCGGUUAAGCUCCCCUCCGCCACUAAACCCGCCGGUCCCGGAGUUCACCCCUCCACCACUCCAUGCUACGCCAAGCUCAAGCUAAAGAAUUUCCCAUCAUCCCAGACCGCCAUUCUCCCGCUCUGCUCCGCCGCCACCAAGGACUCGUCUCCGCCGGACUCCUGCGCCUCCGCCGCCGCGUUCCACCUCGACCCGCCCACCCUCAAGCGCCUCUCCGGCAAGCCCGUCGCCUUAAAAGUCUCGGUUUUCACGGGGCGGAUGGGGCGCAGCUGUGGGGUCACCUCCGGGAAGCUGCUCGGGGAGGUGCAGGUCAGCGUUGAUCUCAGCGGGGCGGAGUCGAGGCCCGUCGUGUUCCAGAACGGGUGGACCAAGCUCGGCGGCGAACCGGUCCUGCAUUUGGUCGUCCGGUCUGAACCGGACCCCCGGUUCGUUUUCCAGUUCGAGGGUGAACCGGAGUGCAGCCCCGUGGUUUUCCAGAUUCAGGGGAAUAUCCGGCAGCCAGUUUUUAGCUGCAAGUUUAGCGCCGACAGAAACAACCGGACACGAUCUCUGCCAUCGGAAUUUACCUUAAAGAACAGAGGGUGGAUGAGAACAUUUUCCGGCGAAAGCAGGGAGAAACCUGGGAGGGAUCGAAAGGGGUGGAUGAUAAUAAUCUACGAUCUCUCAGGCUCAUCUGUCGCCGCAGCUUCAAUGAUAACUCCGUUCGUUCCAUCCUCCCCAGGAUCCGACCGCGUUUCCCGAUCGAAUCCCGGCGCGUGGCUGAUCCUCCGGCCGAACGGCGGCUCCGUGAGCAGCUGGAAGCCGUGGGGGCGGCUGGAAGCGUGGCGGGAGAGAGGGCCGGUGGACGGGCUGGGCUACAAAUUCGAGCUGGUUUCGGAUUCGGGUUUGAACAACGGAGCGCCCAUUGCAGAGGGCACCAUGAACGUGAAGAAAGGCGGGGUUUUCUGCAUAGACAACGCGGCGGCGAGGAAACAGUCGCCGGCGAUUCGGGGAUUUGUGAUGAGCUCGAGCGUUGAAGGUGAAGGGAAAAAUGGGUGCCCUUGGGUUCAGGUUGGGGUGAAACACGUGACCUGCAUGCCGGAUGCGGCUCUCUUUGUUGCGGUUUCAGCCGCCAUUGAUCUUAGCAUGGAUGCUUGCAAGCUUUUCUCCCAGAAACUCAGGAAGGAGCUUUGCCAUGAUCAUGACCAUCACUACUCUUUCUCUUAAACCUUUAUUCAUCAUCUUCAAAAAAAAUAUUUUUGGCCAUUGGUCUGAGCAUGAAGAUGCACAAUACAAAUUUUUUUUUUUAAUUGGUUAACCAAUCGACCCAAGAGAACCCAUUCUUGACAUUAUAUUAUCCUUAGGGAAGUUAUGUUUGUGCGCACAAGAGAUCUGUCUACUUUGAGAAAUAUUAUUUCUUCUUCUAAAUACUGUCUACUGAACUAUUGAGCUAAGUUCGUGUGAACGAGUGUGACCUGUAUUGAUCUGAUGAGUGAAUUUUUUAAAAUUUUUUUUUGGGCUUAGCUUCAAUGUACCAUAAAUAUGAAGUUUGUAACAGUUUGUGUGUUACAGAUUGAUAUUGUACAGACAAAUUAAACAGUGAGCAAUUUGUUUGUCAAAAUUUAUUAA